AUGUCAUCUGCUGCAGACAACGAGACGGACCAAUCCCACCACCAUAUUGACAUUCAAGAUGACCGGGUAGCGCCGCGCGAAGAAGGAGAUGCAAUUUCAGGCAUGAGAAAUAGCAAAGGAUGGGACGGAAAGCUCCGUGUCCCCAAGGCCGCGCUGCUGUCGAACCCUGAGGCACUCUCCGAUCCCGAGUAUUCCGACGACGGCAACGUCCUACGCGGAGAAGAGAUUAGAGCUGACGAAGAUCUACUUGAAAGCGAGAGCUCCGACAGCGAAGAAAUCAUAUGCUCUCAUUCCCGUAUCGGAUCCAUAUCAUCCCUUCGACUGGAUCGUUUUAAAAACGUCGCUCGCAUAUGCCUUCGGCAAAAUAGUAUACAAGAAAUCGAGGGUCUGGCCCCCCUCGCAGCCACACUGAAAGACCUGGACCUCUAUGACAAUCUGAUUUCGCAUAUGCAUGGCAUGGAUGAACUCACAAAUCUCGUCUGCCUGGACUUGAGCUUCAACAAGAUCAAGCACAUCAAGAACAUCAGCCACAUGAUUGAGCUCAAGGAACUUUUCCUCGUCGCCAACAAGAUCAGCAGAAUCGAAGGACUCGAUACGUUGCAGAAUCUCACAUCUCUAGAGCUUGGAUCAAACCGCAUUCGUGAGCUAAGAAAUCUGGAUAAUCUUCAAAGCUUAGGGGAGCUUUGGGUGGCUAAAAAUAAAAUCACGGAGCUCACUGGGCUGGGCGGAUUAUCAAACCUUCGUCUUCUCAGUAUUCAAUCGAACAGAAUCAGGGACUUAUCGCCACUUAGAGAGGUCCCGCAGCUGGAGGAGCUCUACAUUGCACACAACGCGUUAGAGUCGUUAGAGGGCAUCGAGGAAAACACCAAUUUGACAACCCUAGACAUAUCCAACAACCAAAUCCGCAGUCUCAAGGGUCUGGAGGGGCUCACUAGGCUUGAAGAAGUAUGGGCAAGCUACAACCAAAUCGAGGAUUUUGUGGAAGUAGAAAAGAUGUUGAGGGACAAGGAGAACUUGACCACUGUCUACUUUGAAGGAAAUCCCGUUCAGCUGCGGGGACCAGCCCUAUACAGAAACAAGAUCCGAUUAGCUUUGCCGCAAGUCAGCCAGAUUGAUGCCACCUUUGUCCGAGUAUAA